GUUAGCUUGGGAUAUCACAAUGACGCAAGAAAUACAGCUUUGCUAAUAAUAAAGUUAAUAAAAUCUUCAGUGGCCCUGGUGUGCCGGUCAGUUCGGUUUUGUCGAUCACACGAGUAUCUUGAGCGCCACGAUUGGCAUUCUUAACAACUCUAAAUUGUACAAUGGGUCCCUUAGCCAGAAUGGCCUUGAGGUCCUUAAAAACUCAUACAUUCAAGAAGACCCAGCAUCAAUUACAGUCUGUCCGGAGUAUUAGCUCCCAGGAGGUGUUCGACCGCGAAUCGAAAUAUGGAGCGCAUAAUUAUCAUCCUUUACCAGUAGCGUUGACAAAGGCUGAAGGAGUUUUCAUGUGGGACGUUGAGGGUAGGAGAUAUUACGAUUUUCUGAGUGCGUAUUCAGCAGUGAACCAGGGUCACUGUCAUCCUAGGAUCUACAAAACCCUCGUGGAUCAAGCUAAAGUACUUACCCUGACGUCCAGGGCGUUUUAUUCUGACAUUCUUGGGGAAUUUGAGGAAUACGUUACCAAGCUGUUCGGAUAUGACAAGUGGUUACCAAUGAACACGGGUGUGGAGGGCGGUGAAACAGCAUGCAAACUCGCCAGGAGAUGGGGUUAUAAGACGAAGGGUAUUACUGACAACAAUGCCAAGAUCAUCUUCGCAGAAGGAAACUUUUGGGGCAGAACUAUGAGCGCUGUAUCUUCUAGUACCGAUCCAUCCAGUUACUCGGGAUUUGGACCUUAUAUGCCGGGAUUCGGCAUCAUUCCCUAUGACGACUUGGACGCCCUGGAAAAGGCCAUCUCUGAUCCCAACGUCUGUGCUUUUAUGGUAGAGCCAAUCCAGGGAGAAGCAGGAGUAGUUGUGCCUAAGGAUGGGUACCUGAAGAGCGUCCGAGAACUUUGUACGAAGCACAAUGUUCUCUGGAUAGCCGACGAAGUGCAGACAGGGUUAGCCAGGACAGGAAAACGUUUAGCCGUCGACUACGAGAAUGUGCUUCCGGACUUGUUAAUUUUGGGUAAAGCCCUUUCCGGUGGCUUUUAUCCAGUAUCCGGUGUACUGGCCAACGAUCCCGUAAUGCUGGUCAUAGGGCCUGGUGAACAUGGUUCGACCUACGGUGGAAAUCCUCUAGGAUGUAAGGUAGCCCUAGAAGCCCUGAAGGUCCUGGAGGAGGAGAAACUCGCGGACAAUGCCUACAAGCUUGGAAACGUCUUAAGGGAGGAGCUCCGGAAGCUACCAAAAUCCGUGGUCACUCUUGUACGUGGAAAAGGGCUUCUUAACGCCAUAGUCAUCAACAAAGAUAUCGAUGCCAUGGAAAUCUGCUUGAAAUUACGAGACCAUGGCCUCCUAGCAAAACCGACACAUGGUCACAUCAUCAGAUUAGCACCGCCAUUGGUCAUCACUGAGAGUCAGAUUCUUGAAAGCGUGGAGAUCAUUUCCAAAGUCAUCCUAAGCUAUCAGAAAUGAAGAUACUGAUAAUUUAAUUAUAAAUCUUUGUUUUGUUCCCUUGUUUUUUUUAAUAAAAUUCAUUUUUUUCCAUUGUA